UCUUAAUUUCGAUUUCGAAUUCCUUUCCCCCAAUUCCUUAUCCCUUCUCCCUCGGUCCACUUAGCUCAAAGCCCAAUUUCUCUCUCUCUCUCUCCUGUAAAACCCUAGAUCUGAAUCCAUCGCCGGCUCUGCUGCUCCGUCGCCGGCCUUCCGACGCUCAUUCAAGACCUCUUCGUCUUCCUUCUCUCCAUCGGAAUUUCGGCAGGAAUUCUGUCUCCCAGUUCUAAUGGAUACGCCUCAUGAAAUGAUGUUAACUCCCUAUGUGGAAAAGACACCAAAUUCUGAUGAAUAUGGUGCACUGACCUCCACAGAAACGCAGCCUAGCAAAAGGAGGAAAAAGAAGUCCAUUGUCUGGGAGCACUUCACCAUCGAAACUGUAAGUGCUGGAUGUAGAAGGGCAUAUUGUAAGCAAUGCAAGCAGAGUUUUGCUUAUAGUACAGGCUCAAAAGUAGCCGGUACCAGCCACCUUAAGCGGCAUAUUGCUAAGGGAAUAUGUGCUGCACUUCUACGAAAUCGGGACAAAAGUCAUUUAACACCAUCUACCCCUGCUUCCAAAGGAAGUGAUCCACCAAAACGACGUUAUAGAAGCCCCAACUCAUCAGUCAUCAUGUUCGAUCAGGAUCGUUGUUGCCAUGAAUUCACUCGGAUGGUAAUAAUGCAUGAUUACCAACCCCACAUGGUUGAAAAUGCUGGAUUUGUAUCUUUUGUACAGAAUAUUCAACCACGAUUUAAUGUGAUGGAUUUCGACCAUUUCCAAGGGGAUUGCAUUGGAACCUACCUAUCAGAAAAGCAAAAUGUCAUCAAAGUCAUUGAGAGUAUUCCAGGACGUGUUUGUCUUUCACUGGACAUGUGGACAUCGAGUAAAACUGUCGGUUAUGCUGUAAUAACAGGUCAUUUUGUCGAUAGCGAUUGGAAGUUGCACAGGCGGAUUCUCAGUGUGGUUAUGGAACCCUAUCCUAAUUCUGAUACAGCACUUUGUCAUGCAGUUUCAGAAUGCCUUUCUGAUUGGAAUUUGGAAGGUAAGCUGUUUUCUAUCACCUUUAAUCACCCUGCCACUGAGUCUGCACUUGGAAAUUUGAGGCCCUUGCUUGCCAUCAAAAACUCCCUGAUCCUGAAUGGCCAAUUUUUGGUUAGUAAUUGCAUAGCACGUACGUUAAGCAGUAUCGCAAAAGACGUGUUAGAUGCUGGAGCGGAUAUCGUUAAGAAAAUCCGUGAUUGCGUAAAGUAUGUCAAGUUGUCCGAGUCGAAUGAGGCAAAGUUUCUUGAACUCAAAGAACAGCUCCAGGUCCCAACCGAGAGAAGCCUAUGUCUGGACGACCUAACGCAAUGGAACACAACGUAUCUAAUGCUGAUUGCUGCAUUCGAGUUGAAAGAAGUGUUUUCGUGCUUGGAUAAUUCCGAUCCUGAUUACACCGAAGUGCCCACAAGGGACGAUUGGAGGCAAGUUGAGACUCUUUGCACAUGUUUGAAAGUCCUCUUUGAUGCUGCAAAUAUUCUCAGCGUCAUAAACAACCCAUCCGUGAUUACCUUUUUUCACGAAGUAUGGAGGAUUCACUUGGAGCUAGCCCGUGCACUCACUAGCGAAGAUCCAUUCACUUGCAGCCUCUCUCAAAUGAUGCAAAAAAAGAUCGACAAAUAUUGGAAGGACUGUGGCCUGAUUUUGGCUGCAGCUGUAGUUAUGGAUCCAAGGUUCAAGAUGAAACUCGUCGAGUUUAGUUUCAAUAAACUUUAUGGCGAAGAAGCUCCUGCUUAUAUUAAGAUUGUCGAUGAUGGGAUCCGUGAACUCUUCCAGGAAUACAUCACACUUCCUUUACCUCUAACGCCGACGUACGCCGACGAAGGAAAUGGAGGAAGCUACAUGAAGUCAGAAGGACCCCAGACUGGAAGUCUCCUGUCAGACAACGGACUCACAGAUUUUGAUGUCUACAUUAUGGAGACUUCAAGCCAACAAAUGAAAUCAGAACUCGAUCAGUAUCUCGCCGAAUCUCUGCUGCCCCGUGUGCAGGACUUCGACUUAUUAGGCUGGUGGAAGCAAAACAAGAUGAAGUAUCCAACUCUUUCAUCAAUGGCUCGAGAUAUUUUAUCAAUACCAGUCUGUACUCUUCCUCCUGAUUCCAUAUUCGAUAUGGAGAUUAAGGAGAUGGAUUCAUAUCGGAGUUUGAUGCGACCAGCUACGGUCGAAGCAAUUAUAUGUACACGGGACUGGAUCCAAUGUGGAUUUACAGAAGUUUCUAAUGCAAUUGUAAAAAUGGAAUAUUAGAGGCUAGCCCUUUCUUAGUGUCCUUGAUGUAUUUUUUUUUAGGCUAUGGAAUCAUAUAUAUCCUUUAGAGAAGAAUCUCUUAGUCGCCAUUAACGUAGCUUCUGUACUCUAAUUUCCUCUACAGGUUGAAGAGAGAGAUUGGAAUCAGAUCUUAGCUGCUAUCUGAUGCAGAAUGGGUAAAUUUCUUCUGGCCAAUCGAAUAUUCUCUUGAUAUUCUUUCCA